GCGAAGUACACCGCGAGCGUGACUCUGGAAUCAUCUUUUACUGUGAGACGAAGGCGGAAGAGGGACUGUGAUAAUUAUACGAAAAAAUAACUUCAUUAAGUUGAAUUUAAAUGGCGGAGGAAAGUAAAAAAGUUCAACUAAAUGUCGAAGAAUCUGCUAUAAACCUAAGCACUGAUUACUCAGAGAUUGAAGACAAAGAUGAGGUAUCACCUCUGAAUGAAUCCAGUCCACUGAUCCAUGCUGUAAAUAGCGAGGAACAUGAAAGAACAGGAACUGUGUUCUCAUCAAUAUUCACUCUUGUUUCAACCAUGGUUGGAGGGGGAAUUCUUUCAUUACCAUUUGCAUUUCAAGAAGGAGGUUUUAUCAUGACAUCUAUAAUCUUAUUCUGUGUUCUUAUGGCAUCCACUCAUGGGGCAUUUCUCGUCAUAAACAGUAAGAGAUACUGUCAAGGGAAAAUAACAAAUAUUGAAGAUGUUGCUAAUAUUGCUUUUGGAAAUAAGGGAAAGAUUCUUACUCAAAUGGUCAUUAUUGUAACACUGUUUUUAUGUUCAGUUGCAUACUGGAUUCUGAUCACAGACCAGAUUGAACCAAUAAUUGUUCUGCUAUGUGGCCGUGAUUCCGUCUGGUCAAAAAAGAUUGUUAUAUUGACUAUACCAACAGUGGUCAUCUUUCCAAUCACUCUGCUAAAAAGUAUGAGUGCACUAAGGUUUACCUCAGUUUUAAGCGUCAUAUGUGUAGUUUUUCUUUCCGGAGUCGUGAUUUACAAGUCAAUCUUAAACGACGUCGGAGGGCCGGUCGAUAAUCCUAAAAACCCACUGCGAUGGUGGCCAGAUGACUUUGGCGGGCUUCUCACAGCUAUCUCCAUUGCUGGCCUCACUUUUUCAUGUCAUUUCAACAUCCUACCCAUGCAUGGAGAGCUGCGAUAUCAAACUCGUGCAAACAAGAGAAUUAUUUUGUAUACAGCCAUGGGGAUCACUUAUACUCUCAACGUUCUUGUCAGUUUCUUUGGAUUUUUUCAGUUCAGACAGUAUACUGACCAGGAUAUCACAAGAAAUUAUCCGCAUGAUGAUGUCCUCGUCAAUGUAGGACGUGUGGCUUUAGCGCUAACACUUCUGCUGAGUUUUCCACUGCUUAUCUUCCCUUGCAGAAACGUUAUUAACCGGUUAAUUUGGCGGAUAGAGUCCAAAACUCUUUUCCAGUCCCAGCCGUCUAUGACGACUCGCUCAUGGGAGUACUUUAGCAACGCUACAGGUACAGGUCCUUCUCAGUUAAUGUGGCUGAUAGAGACUGGGCUCCUUGUCUUCAUUGGUUACAUUUUGGCGUAUUACAUUCCUCAAGUUGCCAUGGUUUGGGGAUUCGUCGGUGCAAUUGGGACCACCAUUUUAAUCUACAUCCUUCCGCCCGCGUUUUACCUGCGCGUGCGCCUUCACCCACCUCGACCAGACCUUAAACAGAUAGCGGCGUGGGGCCUAAUGUUAACAGGAUUUGCUGUGCUUGUCGUAUGCACCUAUCAAUCAUUUGCAAACGUUAUCGAUCCUAUUCCAAAAUUGGUGCGGCCGCAUGGCCUUAGCAACCAAACAACAUCUGGAUAAACAUCCACGUGUUUUUGUCGCAAAAGACACCAGAAGUAUCCCUGCUUUAGUAUUGCGCGACAGCCUGAAAAUGUCACGAGAAGAACUACAACGACAAGCGACUGAGAGACGUCAUCUACAGCUCCAUGUUAAGUGGAUGAAGGAUACUUUUUGAUCGUAAGAGAACGUAGAAAAUCAUGAACGAAAUUUUCCUUAUUCAGUCUUCAACUCCAUGAAUUAAUACUUUACGAUGGGAACAUGGUAACACGCGCAUUGAAAAUUUAAUUUAAAGCAUUUUCAAUUGAGUGUCGAAAGUAAUCUGGAACAGCUUUGUGUUUGCUUUACUUCGCUCUGUGAUUGGUCCAGAAAACUCGCGACACUAGCUAAACCAAUCAGAUUCGAACUAAAACCAAUCACGACUUGGUCACCCGCGUUUCCCAGCGCUUUAGACAGUUUGGUGGUGUAUUUAUUUGGGUUCUCAUUGGCUCUAAAAGGUAUUUUACUUUCCUCUGAUUGGCUACUGUGAUUGCGUUGGUUUUGGUUUUAUGACACUCAAUCGAAUAGCUUUCUAUUUUAUUUAAAUAUUUAAAUUUAUCCAAAUUUUACAGCGAAAUCAAGGUUUUCUUUUUUGUAAGGUGACUUGAUACACUUUAACUUGAUACACUUUCAAUAUUUCAAUUUGACAUGAAGUAAGAACUGUUUCCAGAAAUCAUCCAGAAAUUAUUUGGUUGCGUUACGAUAAAAUUUAUCAAGGCUCUGUAGUAUUCCCCCCCCCCUCCCUCUUUGGCAGUCAGUUUUCUAAUGACCCCCUCCCUUUACGCCGCAUCGACUGAUUCCCUCCGUUCCCCUGAAAACCAUGGUAAUCCCCCUUUUCAAUCUCCCGACCCCCUCCCCCCUCAGGCGGUAAAUAGUGACUGGCCCCAACUAUCUAUUUCAAUAUAUUAGCAACGAACAUUAUUUAAAUAAAAUAUUGAAAUAUUAAAUUAUGAUGCGUUCAAAUUAUUUUCAAAAUAAAGUAUGGAAUUUUCUUCUGACGCAUAUUCUGACGCUUUUAUCAACUUAUACAAAGAUAUGUAAUCCCGAAUAAAAUGCAAUUUUUUACCCCCUCAUUUCCUAGAUUACAUACCACACCGUGUAACGUUCAUCAUUCAUAAUUUGAAUUUCUCGACAAAUUGGCGUCAGAGUCCUAUUUUAAAUCGAUUGUCGCUUCUAUUUAUGUUUUUUAUUUGGUGAAAGAAAAAAUUAGCCAUAGAAUAUGGCAAUUACUUUUAUGGACCAGCUAGCAUGAUCCAGGCGUUCAGUUCGUAAAAAGAAGCGCGCUAGUUACUGUAUUUAUUCCAUUAAACGCCGCCCUAGAAUAAACGCAUGCGGCAUGAUGCGGCGUUUAGUUGAAUAAUAGACCCAAAAAGCACACAAAGAUCAUUGCUUCGAUCGCGGUUGAAAAUUUUGAGUGAACCAGACAAUUUUUUCUUAAUGUACCAGUUCUGAUGUCGAAAAGGCACAUCCGACAUUGGAUCUUUUUUCACUCUAUGCAUUGCAGUAGUAUUAACAUGCAAAUUGUGAAAUUGAGAACAAUAUGAAAAUUAGUUUUUAGACAAGCACUAAAACAUC